CUGAUCUGAAUCUUGUGGUUUCAGAUCCAGCAGAUUUGCGAGACUGCAACGCCUUCAAUGCUCAAUGGCAGGAAAGAAUCUUUACAUCAGAUUUAGCUGUAGCACUGGGGAUGCAAUGGGGAUGAACAUGGUUUCAAAGGGGGUCCAAAAUGUCCUGGAUUUUCUUCAAUGUGAUUUCCCCGACAUGGAAGUGAUCGGCAUAUCUGGUAACUUUUGUUCCGAUAAGAAACCAGCUGCUGUCAAUUGGAUCGAGGGGAGAGGAAAAUCUGUUGUCUGUGAGGCAAUGAUAACUGAGGAUGUUGUGAAGAAAGUGCUGAAAACCACUGUAUCUGCCCUUGUAGAGCUUAAUAUGCUCAAGAAUCUGACUGGUUCAGCCAUUGCUGGUUCUCUUGGUGGCUUUAAUGCCCAUGCUGCCAAUAUCGUAUCUGCAAUUUUUAUAGCCACUGGACAGGAUCCAGCACAAAAUAUUGAAAGUUCUCACUGUAUAACCAUGAUGGAGGCCGUCAACAAUGGAAGAGAUCUUCACAUUUCUGUCACCAUGCCUUGCAUUGAGGUUGGAACUGUCGGAGGUGGAACACAAUUAGCAUCUCAAUCUGCUUGCUUGAACCUGCUUGGAGUAAAGGGUGCAAACAAGGAGUCCCCUGGUUCAAACUCUAGGCUCUUGGCCACCAUAAUAGCUGGUUCAGUUUUGGCUGGGGAGCUGUCCUUGAUGUCUGCUAUUGCGGCCGGGCAACUCGUUAGGAGCCACAUGAAAUAUAACAGGUCUAGUAGGGACAUGUCCAAUAUUGUGCUCAAGGAUUAAGGAGUGCUUGUAUUAUCUGGAGUUCUCUUGUUUGCUAAUAGACUUUUAAUUUGCUUUGUUUGUGAAAAUUUAACUUUAUUUGAUCAGAUUUAUUUAUUUA